UGUAAGUGUAGUUAGAGACUUCUCCAUUAUGGACGUUCAGAGGACAGGGUCUAUGGUUCGGCCCCCGAGCCCCAUGGAUAGCCUGGAGAAGCAGCUGAGCUGCCCCAUCUGCCUGGAAAUGUUUACCAAACCCGUGGUCAUCCUGCCUUGCCAGCACAACCUGUGCCGUAGCUGUGCCAGCGACCUCUACGACUCCCGCAACCCGUACCGCUUCUCCGGCGGUGUUUUCCGCUGUCCUACCUGCCGCUUUGAGGUCGUGCUUGACCGCCAUGGCGUGCACGGGCUCCAGCGAAACCUGCUGGUAGAAAACAUUAUUGACCUCUACAAGCAGCAGCAAGAAGGCAGUGGCGACGGCAGCGGAAGCACAGAAACCACCCUGAAGCCCAAAGAAUCCAAAGAGCCGAUGUGCCAAGAGCACGAGGACGAGAAAAUCAACAUUUACUGCAUGACGUGUCAGGUACCUACCUGCUCCAUGUGCAAAGUGUUCGGCCAGCACAAGGACUGUGAGGUGUCACCAUUGUCAAGUGUUUACCAGGCCCAGAAGGGCGAACUGAGCAACGCCAUCGACACCCUGGUGGCCGGCAAUGGCCGCCUGCAGGCCCUAAUCAACCAGAUGGAUGACGCCUGCCGUGCGGUCCAGGACAACGCACAGCGCGCCAAGCAGGGGCUGGCCGAGCGCUUCGACCUGCUGUACGCCGUCCUGGAAGAGCGCAAGACAGUCCUGCUUGAGCAGAUCGGCAAAGAGCAAGACGAGAAGGUAGCAGCUCUUCGGGCGCUGGCUCAGCGUUACGGCGAGCGGCUGCAGACCAGUUCGGAGCUCACCGACACGGCGGUGAGGGCCCUGGAGCAGGGGGCCCCCGCUCAGUUCCUGUUGGCCUCCAAGGGCCUCAUCACCCAGACCAAAGACGCAGCGAAAGGCUCGCUGGGGGAAGAGAGGCCGGAGCCAGGCUUCGAGAAGAUGGACCACUUCACUUUGUCGACGGAGCACGUUGAGGCAGUCCUGGCAAAAAUGGACUUCGGAGUGUGUGAUGAAGAUGAAUUUGAGGAUGCGGAGGAGGAAGAGGAGGAAGAGGAGGAGGAAUAA